CUCAGUGACGACGGCGCCGACUGGCACAACAACGAUUCCAUCUUUGACGACUUUGGCUCCCGGGGACACGCCGGUUCCUACGACGACGCCGCCAAGGACGCCACUCGCAGCAACGUCAGUAGCCCCGACGACGUCAGUGCCGGCGACAAUGGCACCGACGACGUUGGUGCCAACACCGGCGCCGACAUCAGCAACGCCUACGACACCAGCACCGACGACAGCAGGACGCUGUUUUUUUCGUACCGAGCAAUCGAGGGCCAGUUUGUGGCAGUGGCUUGCGCACUCCAAGUGGCGUGA